AGACAGUGUAGUCAUGAGGAAUAAAACUAAAGCCGCUUGGCAAGAAAUCAUGGAUACAUUUAUUUAUGAAAACCUGAACGAAGCAGAAAAAGCCGAAAUAGCUAAAACACUAUUGCAAAAAUGGAACAACAUUUUUGACAGUUUUGUGAAGAGUUAUAAAAAUAACUCUUAAGUCAGGCUCUGGUUUUAGGAGAAUAAGAAAGUACAUCUUCCACGAUCAGUUGCAAUUCCUUGCAAUAACAAUCGAACACAAUACUACAAAAUCCAGUAUUUCACAAGAAAAAAAUACAGAAACGAUGGCGCAACAGAAUGUAGAUGAUAGUAGCAAUGAAGGCGAUUCUCAAAUUGAUUAGGAUAUGAUCAAUAUAUCCAAUCCAAAUACAUCAACCGCUAAACAAACGCCAUCGCAAGCUUUACUUACAAAAAAGCGUGCCUCAGCACCAAAGAAACGUCAAGACGAGUUUGAAACCAAAGCGCUAAAGAUCUUGGAAAAGCCGGACAGCAUACCCACAAUCAGUGAAGAUAAAUCGUUUUUUGAUUCCAUUUUGCCGAUUGUAGAAAACUUUGAUGAAGAUGACAAACUUCAAUUUCGCAUAGAAGUUUUGCAGCUUGUACAACGUUUUAAACGAAAGCAAAAAUGUGAUGCUUUUAACAUGACUUCUGAUACCAAUAGAUCGCUACCUUCGUUUGUACCACCAGCAACUCAGUCAUACAGCCAGCAGUGGACACCGACAUACCAUACAUUGCAGUGUCCACAGACAAUAAAUACCACAAUCAAGUACGUCAUUUGAUCCAACUACAUCUCGCUGUGACAAUAAUCUUGAAUAUCCACAAUCUUUGACACCACAAUAGUUUAUCCAAUCUGACUUAACUACAACCAGAAUUUGAUUUGUUUAAUUUGUUCGUUAUGUUCCUUAUUUAAAUAUAUCUAGUUCUAAAAUCACA